AAUACUACGCUUUCUACAGGUAGAAAGGAGAGAGAGAGAGAGAGAGAGAGAGAGAGGCGAUGGAGAGGAGCGCUCCGACUAGGAAGCCGCUCGCCUCGACGGCGGAUCUACUGACCUGGACGGAGGCGCCGCCCCAGGAUCCAGCCGCGUCGGACUCCCGCCGGCCGCACCAGGUACUUCUCGCCUCCCUCGAGCAAUGCGGUGGUCGACGGUCCUUUGCUUCUCUCUCACUUUUUGAAUCCCUUAUGGCGAGGGGUUGGCAGCCGACGGAUGGGGUCAGCAAGGUGGUCUUCGGGGGGCAGAUCACCGAGGAGGAGGCCGAGAGUAUCCUAAAGAGGAAACCUUGUUCGGGUCCAAAGUUAAAAGAAAUGACUGGUAGUGGCAUUUUCGCAACUGACAGCGAAGAUGAACUGUCAGAACCAGGUAGUUCUUUCUCAACACCUAACCAGCGAACAGGUCUGCGGAUGUAUCAGCAAACAGUAAAUGCAAUGAGCCAGAUAUCAUUCAGCACUGAUGAGACUGUUUCUUCACAUAAAAAGCCAACCUCACUUGCUGAGGUAGCAAAGCAGCGAGAACUAACUGGGUCUCUGCUGAGUGAAUCGGAUGAUAGAUUGAUGAAGCAGUUGUCUGAUGCAAAAUGCAAGGAACUAAGUGGACAUGACAUCUUUGCUGCCCCAGAAGUUUUGCCAAGGUCAUCAGGAUGGAAUUUGGAGAUGAAUGACAGUGACCUGAGGGAAACCACUCCAAGAAACUUACAGUCACCAGUUAAAGUCCCUCAGGCUGGGGGUGCGAGCAAUCUCUUGUUUGGUGAAGAACCAGAGGUGAAAUCAGCUAAGAAAAUUCACACCCAGAAAGUGGCAGAACUGACAGGCAAUGGCAUCUUCAAAGAUGAUGCCACACCAGGUGCGGCGGAAAAAACACUUAGUACGGCAAAGCUAAAGGAGAUGAGUGGUAGUGACAUCUUUGCUGAUGGCAAGGCUCCCUCGCGUGAAUAUCUUGGCGGUGUCCGCAAGCCUCCUGGUGGUGAAAGCAGCAUUGCUCUAGUUUGACCUCUGUGACUCAGUUGUUUCGGACUUCUUUCUAGGGUUUGAUGAUUAUAGUGUUGAAGUGUUUAUCUGAACUCUGUUUUAAGUAGCACUCUAUGGCAAUGAUAAUAAACUAUUGUUUGAUGCUA